UUUAUAACAUCCUGUCCAAAUUUAACUAUCUUAUGAUAUUUAUAACUUUGAGUGUUUACAAAUACUUCCUUACUGGUGAUUUUAGCGAUGUUGAUACAAGGCAGAAACAUGGGAUCGAUCGGGUGUGAAUUCGGGAGAUACGGACUUAACUGUUCACUCUUCUGUGGACGCUGUCACACGAACACAACAUGUGAUGCGCAAGGACUAUGCCCGAAUGGGUGUCAGAACGGAUGGAGGGGGCUUCGCUGUGUGGAGGUUGAUGAGAUGAACCCGUACCCGUUGUCUACUCUGCUGCUCUCUGGAUUUUUGGCCGUGUCCCUGGUUCUGUUGUUGUUCGUGUCUUUGGAGCUACAUAAUCAAAUACAAAGCAAAAAGAAAAUGGGAAAGAGAUUAAGCAGCUAUGAACUUCCAGGACAACAGCUGAUAGAAAAAGAAAGUGAGAACCGUUAUGGUAUAUUGGAUAGGUAUCAGCACAUUCAAGACAUUUCUAUAAGAGCAGCAGACGACAAAGGUGGACGUAUUUCUGAUUACGAGAAGGCACCGGAAAUAUCCGAAUCGGGUGGAAUUCGGGAUUCGUCUCAUUACACUGUUCCAAAUAUGGCGUAUAAUCAAAGUGAUGGUACAGAUCAUAGGAUGGCGAAGAUCGCAACAGAAAAACAAUGCGAUACAUCAGGAAAAACGGUCGACAGAACCGGAGAUAAUGACGAUUAUAUCACAAUCAUCGAUUAAUCUAGAGGAGGAGAGGGGUGAAUGCUGGUAAUAAAUAUCAAUUAUAGUUUAGCAAAAACAAUUCGUGUUCCAAGAAGCUCUACAUCCAUUUGCAGCAAUGAUACUGGACAAAUUCCAAGCAGACACAGGGCUCAAUGCCUUAAUAUGCCAUUUUUAUCAAUCGAUGACACGGGAUGAGCUAAGCUUAAUCUUUUACACCGCCGUUUAUAACGGUAAACGUUUGCACCAAGGACAACUUCCCUAUACUGAUGCUGAUGUGAUUAAAUCACUGGAUUGGUGUCUUUUCAAAGACAGAAUGUGGCUUUUGAUAUUGAGCGAUCUAGUGUUAUUGAAGAAUGCAGCCAAAUACAAGAAUCAAAUGAGGUUUUAUGAACAUUCAGAUCAAGCUGGAAAUGGGGGUGUUUGGAUCUGUGUAAAGUGCAAAGAAUAUUGAUUCAACUGCGACAUUUUUGUCGGGAUCAUCUAGUUUGGAAAGUGAAUCAUGGGUCCAAAUUAAUCUGUAGCUACGCACACCACAGCUAAAGUAAUAACAUAUUCAUUUUUUAUUAGUCGCUUGGAGCUGUUGUCCUUUGAUGACGACAGCUUAUAACAAGACGAUCAUUUAGGUACUGAGAAUACUCAUAUUUGACACACAGUCGUAAAACUCGUGCAGAGAGUGAUUUAUGAAAACGUAACCUGUAAUAAAAAAGAUACAUAUUUUCAGGGGGAAUUGGAGGCGGAGAGUGGGGUAGAAUUGGAGGUGCAGGGUGGGAUUGGAGGCGGGGAGUGGGGUAGAAUUGGAGGCGCAGGGAGAGAUUGGAAGCGGAGAGUGGGGUAGAAUUGGAGGUGCAGGGAGGGAUUGGAGGCGGAGAGUGGGGUAGAAUUGGAGGUGCA